CAACACCUGGGCUGCAUCGUUUUUCGAGGAAUAAUUUGUUCGACCCAUCGCGUCGCCAUUGAUUUGCUGCCAUUACCAAAGUAAUUAUUAUUCGAAUCAAAGUGUGCUCGCGUUCAAUAUAUUUUGUUCUCCCCUUUCUGCAGAGCACUGAAUUUUUCGUUGAAUGUUGUAUGUAGUUCAUUCCAAAGAAAAGUGCAAGUGAAAUCUCCCAUCAGAGCUGGUGGUGCUACCCUUGGAACCAAUUAACCUGCACUAUAAAACGACAAGUCGACUCGGAUUGUAGCCUCGCGAAGUUAAUUUCACACAGCCGCCAUGUCCAGCCAGCCGAAGAUGUCCUCCGAGAUGGGAGCGGCCGAGCAGUACGAGAUGGAGCAGCUCGCCGAAGCGGAAACCCAACGGUUGCACAAACUGCUCCGCACUUUGGAGAUCGAACGAAUCACGUUUCUGGACUCGAAGAACAAAUCUAUGCGCAAGUUUCGAGCGAACAUGCGAACCCUGGAGAAGGAGAAACAGCAACUGCAGCUGCAGUUGGACUGCGAGGAGCAUGGCGUUCACUCGAAGCGGGAAACCGAGAUGGAAUCGGAGCUGGACCUAACGUACGAGAGACAGGAGAAGGCCAACCAUAAUCUGAAAGCGAAGAAAGAAGGGCUGCGGGAGCUGGAGAGUCACAUCAGGAAGAUACAUCGCGAAAUUGCGGAGAUAAGGAAGAAUGAGGUGACAGAUAUUAGGUACAAUGAAACGAUUGCGAGAGCGCAACGAUCCGUAAGGAAGCUUGAGAAUAGGUUGGAUGUGGUGAACAAAAAGGCAGGAGUGGCAAUGGCAGAAAAUUCGCAACUGCGGCAGACGAUCGACCACAUGCUGACGGAGAGAGCAACGUUCAAUAUCAUGUGGGAGAAACUGGUGGCGAAACUGAACGAAGGAAAACGCUACAUGAUGGACCUAAUUGAUCAGGCAACUUCGGCGUACGACACGCGAGAGGAGCUGUGCACUAAGUUGCAAAUAUUGAAGGACAAGGGUCAAAGUGAGAAAGUAACACACAUACAGGAGAUGAGAGAACUGCAGAGGAAGUUGGAUCAUGAUGCAAAGCUACAGGAGUUCCUCAGCAUCAAAGGACAGCGACGAUCGAACGCAGAGCUGGAGGAAAGAGAAGCGCUGAAGAAGCAGAAAAUGCUGGAGAACUUGGAAAAGCAAUAUGCUGAAUAUGAGCAGAUAAUGUCACGAAUCAUGACGUUUUCCGGGGAGGACGAUAUCGACCGUUUGGUGGCUAAGUUCAUUAAGAAGGAGGAGGAAAACUUUGCGCUGUUCAACUACGUGAACGAGUUAAGCCACGAAGUGGAAACGUUGACGGAAAGUGUGCAACUGCUGCAGGAUAAAAUCACUGAACAAAUUGCUAUCAAUGAGUCAAAGGAGCACUCUCAGGAUGAUAAUAUAGAUGCUCUGCGCUUAGCUGAGGUCACCAGUAAGGAAGAGGCCGAUGCCGCCUUUGAGAUCAAGCAAGUCUGGGAUGUGAAGCUAGACGAGCUGCUACGAACUGCGGAAAGAAUUUACAAACUACUCCACUGCGACGAAGCACCUAUCCUGAACUUGCUGAAUAACGAGAGCAAGGUGACGCUUAACAACGCAAAGCUGUUUCUCGGAAUCAUCGAACGCCGCGUGGCCAACAUCAUUAGCAACGUCAACUACGUGGAACCGACGACUAAAAUUCUGGGCAAGAAGGAUCGCGUGCCGAAUUUCAACGUUAAGGAAUCGGCCAAAAUUCGGGUCGAUAGAGGCUAGACGCGUUUGGAUUGUUAUUUACAACUGUUUUAUUACAACUUUUUACAUUUAACAGACUUUUUCUUGGUAGAUAUAAGUUGUGUGUCAAUAUUGCGCGAACAUCUAUCUGAUUUUGUGGUUCUGUAUUUGUUGCAAAGUAAUUCAAUAAUGUAACACUAUGCCUUAGGUACAGUCACUGCAUUUUAUUUCAACUUAACACGUAUUAGUGUGGCAAUGAUUAGAUUCAGAAGACAAAUUUACAUAAUCUAUUACGGUACACAUAAGUUAGCAAGUCUUUAGAUAAGCGUUGUGUAACAGUUAUUAUAUCGUUUAUUAUCAUUAUUUUAAUUCAAAAGAAUGUAAUUUACAAUUACUUACAUUUUGAGGAUAAUAUGCACCAAACGAUACUGUCAAUAAAUUACUACAAACUCUCACAUGGUUUCGAUAAAAGAGUCACCAUUAUUUGCAAUUUUAGAAAUUUUCAAAAUGCAUUUUCCUGUAUUUUUGUACGAAUUUUCUAACACUUGUGUUGACCAUUCUCAAUAUACCACAGUUCAGGUAAUUGAUUCUUUGGCUUAUUUAAGGUCAACUUUGCCAAAUAACCCAUAUUUUUUGAAGCCUCUAACUAUUUUUAAAAUUAAAAACAAAAACUGAAAAAGUGCUGCACGCGUGAGCCGGCCUGAAAAAUUCACCCGAUGAUCGUUCAAAAUCGGGCCAAUCUUUAAAAUAACAGCACUUUUUUGAUUUUAAAAAAGUUAGAGGCUACAAAAAUCAUGGGUUCUUUGGAAAAGUUGACCUUAAAGAAGCCAAAGAAGCGACUGAGACAAUAAAACGAGAUACAAUUUAUGACGAGAAAGGUCAAUUGCUUCGUCCGGUUUUCUUUUGAGUCAAGUACUUUGCCUAAAUCUGCUAAAUUCAGUAAAUUUUGUUAAUUACUGUAUUUAAUCUGAAACAAGUUGAUUAGCAAAUAUAGAUUCUUCUCUGUAUGUUAAAUCAAAUUUCCUAUAUCGCUUCAUCAAAUUAAAGAACGUUGCGACGUGUCACAUGAAUCUAA